GGGGUGGGUGGGAAGGUAGGUUACAAGCUUGUUCUUCCAUUGUAAACUGUCACCAAUAGUCACUUCUAUUCUUUUUUUCUAAGAUUUAUUAUUUGUGUGUAUGUCUCUCUCUCUCUCUCUCUCUCUCUCUCUCUCUCUCUGUAUGGUGUGUGGUGUGUGUGUGUGUGUGUGUGUGUGUGUGUGUGUGUGUGUGUGUGCGCGCACUUGGAGGUUAGAAUAGAGCAUCCAACCUGGAGCUGUAGUUACAGCUGUAUGUAUGCACGGUACCCAUAGAGGCAAGAAGAGAGCAUCAACUCCCCUGAAACUGGAGUUACAGGAAGUCGUGAGCAACCAUGUGGGUGCCUGGAAUCGAACCUGGGUCUUUGGAAGAGCAACCGGCGCACUUAACAACUUGAGUGAGCCAUCUCUUUAUUCCUGUAUUUUAUUCUUGAUAGUAGAUGGGGGUUUUCAGGUGACCAGAGUAAGCUGUAAAAAUUCAAUGGCCUGGAAUCUAAAUUUUAGUUAUCACAACUGUCUUUGCUGCUGAGCCAGCUUGGACCAGAGUGAACUAGAGCCACAGCGAGGACCAGUCUCGCUCCAUCCUUUGGGCAUUCCUGUUUCCGCGAGGCCUCAUUCUUUCUGCAGGUGGAUUACAGAUGAUGAUGUGCAAAGCUGAGCAAUGGAUAGUGGAAGCUAGUACAUAAUGGGCUCCUUGUGGCUUUGAGUAUCUUGAGUGCCCCCAGCACACAGCCUAGAAGCCACUCCUGACAGGCACAGAUCCAUCCGCUCUUGGAGGCGUGCGAGCUUGUGCGAGCAGCCAUGCUGCCUUGGGUGCUAAUGUACACCCUCCUGCUGGUUUCUCAGGGCCGAGCAUCAUUUGGAGGCUUGCAGACUUCCCCCUGUUGCAGGGCUGACAGCUUGGGAGAUGCUCUUCUGGUGCUUUGCCAUAUCUCCAGCAAAGUUAAACGCUUGUCUUUAUUUUAUACACCCGUGCAGCAGCAGGCCGACCAGAGAUGCUUUUUAUUUUAUAUUUUAUAGGGGAGCUUUUUAAAGGGUAUGAAGCAGGGCAUAAUGGUCCAAACCUGAAAUUUCAGUAAGUGGGGAACUAAACAAACAAAUAAAAAGGUUACAAAGAAGAAAGGAAUACAUUUAUGUAAAGGGUUAGGGAGGAAGCUCUUGGUGGAGCACUUGGUUUCACAAGCACAGGACCCUGGGUUUGAUUCCCAGCAUGGCAACAGCAGGAAUGUAGAAACUAGAGAUAGCCCCAGCCUCUCUCCAGACAGUCAUGGAGGAACUUAGGGUGCUGGGACUUUUAUACUGUAUCCGAAAGUAUCACCUUCACUGUGAAUUAGCUAAAUGGCAAAUUUGAGAGGGUGGGGAGGACCGGGUCAGAUUUUCCCGCCUGGUCCAGGGAAUUUCGAGUUUGAAGUCUUUAAUUAGGGGUUCUUGUUGAUUGUGCGUUAAAACAAAGCUGGAGGUGUCUGGAAGUAAGAAACCUAUGCAGACAUCAGAACUCACCUAACAGCUUCAGCUGGAAAGAGAUGUAAGUUCAUUGUGUUAAUUGGAAGGGAGAAUGUAUAGAAAGUGAAUGAUCCCUUAAAGCUAAAAGCCUGGCUGCUUUCAUCUCAGAGUUCUGCUUUAGUGCUGUGUCUCUGGAAAGUCCGUGUCUGCAGGGUGGACUUUGCCACGGGAGUCCUGCCAUCUCUGAGGUCAGCAAUACCUUUGGUUCAGUUGGUGACUUCGUUCCCAUUUACCAAGUUUUUUCGUUUAACUUUGGGCUGUGCUGAAAAUAUACCUGUAAGAUAAGAUGUUCCUGUGUGUACUGAAAUUUUCUCUGUGUACCUGUGAAUGUGUGCACGUGUGUGUGGGGGCUGGAAGUCAGCCUCUGGUGUCCUUCCUUGGGAGACUUCAACCCUGUGUUUAUUAGACAGGGUUUCUGCAUUGCCCUGGAGGUCACCCGUUGUAGUGACCUGGAGGUCACUAGGUUGGCUGGCUAUCGAGCCCCAGAGAUUCAUGUGUCCACCUCCCCAGGCCGGGAUUGCAAGGGAAUAUCUGCAUGCUCUGAUGUGCGCUCUCUCUCUCUCUCUCUCUCUCUCUCUCUCUCUCUCUGUGUGUGUGUGUGUGUGUGUGUGUGUGUGUGUGUGUGUGUGUGUUGUUGUUGUUGUUGAUGAUUGAUUUUCGGAUUUGUUUAGUUUUGAGAUGCAGUCUCUCACCGUGUGGCCCUGGCUCUUCUGGAAGUCACAGAAAACCUCUGCCCCCCGCGGUAAACACCCUGCACUUCUGGCAUAUUCAGUGUGGGUCCUGGAAUCAGACUCUGCACCUAAUACUUGCACAGUAAGCAUUUUGUCAACUGAGCAGAAUCCCCAGCUGUUGUCAUUUUGACAUAGUCGAAUGCUCUGCAGUAAUUGUUAGAAGGAAGCCUCCGUGGGAAGCUACACUUGGACUCUUGCUGGCCAGUCUGUUCCGGUUGCAGCUGUCCUAAUGGCUUUUACAGGCUGACAAUGUUACUACAUGUUCAUAGGUUCUUCCACGGUUUAGGAGACGCAAGGAUUUUUGGAUUUUUUUUUUUUUUUUUUUUUUUUGACAGGGUUUUGCCGUGUAUCGCUGGCUGAUCUAGAACUCCAUUUGCAGAUCAGGCUGGCUUCGUACUCGGAUCUGUCUGCCUCUGUCUCUGGACUUCUGGGUAUAAAGAUGUGUGCCAUCAUGCCCAGUUCAAAGAUUUUUUAAAUCUGUUUUUUAAUUUUACUUUGUGUACAAUAUGAGAGAUUGAGAGAAAGAGAGAAAGAGAGAGAGAGAGAGAGAGAGAGAGAGAGAGAGAGAGAGAAUGCAAGGUCACUGUAUAUUAUGGAAAUCAAAGCAGAAUUUGGAGAAGUCAGUUCCCUGUGCCACAGCGGUCCAGAGGAUUUACCUCAGAUGUCUCUACCCACUGAACCAUCUACCGCCUCAGCAGCCCUCUGAUUUGCUUGUUACCCUGUCGUCUUAGAACAGAUGGCAAGGUAGCAGUUGCUUGCGCAUUGAACAACACUGAGUUUUCCAGGCCCAUGAAUAAUGAGUCUACCAAAUAAAUCGUCAGUCUGCAUCCUUGCCCAGACCAACUACCACUCUACCACUCAAACUACAUGCCGGUGACUGUACUUUUGAGACUAAGUUGCCAGUGCUGGCAUUGGACCCACUCUAGCCCAAGGGGUCCUUGGAUUUGCACUCCUCUGGCCUCACUCUCUCUGGUAGCUGGGAUUACAGACUUGCUCUGUGGGCCCAGCUUGAUUUCCUUUCCAAGAACUGAUGUAUUUUGCACUAAUGGUAGCUUAGGAGAGCUUCACCAGCAGAGAAGGUUAUUGUACAUUCUGGAUGCCUGCCAUUCUCAUGCAGAAAAAUGUACAAUAGCCAUAUGGUUUGAGUUUGUAUAGCUAAAAAUUGAAAGAGGUUGAGCACCCCGUCAUUUGUGUCUCUCUUCUCUCUGUCUCUCUCUCCCUCUCCCUCUCCCUCCCUCCCUCCCUCCCUCCCUCUUUCUCUCUCCCUCCCUCUCUCUCUCUCUCCCUCUCUCUCUGUCUGUCUCUCUCCCUCCCCCUCUCUCUCCCCCUCUCUCCCUCCCUCUCUCUCUCUCCCUCCCUCUCUCCCUCCCCCUCUCCCUCCCUCUCUCUCCCUCCCUCCUUCCCUCCCUCUCGCUCUCCCUGUCUCUCAUAUUGCAUUCUCUGAUGUGAUUUGCUUUUCUUCCAAUUCGUUUUUUGUCUCUUUGAUCUGUGAGGUCUUUAUAAAGAUGAGGGAGCUUGCCUUUAAUUCUAAUAUGUCCUCCAGAAUUUCUCCCCACUUGAUCAUUUCCUAUAUGCCUGCUAACAGAUGUUGAGUGUGUUUGUGUGAUACCCACGUCCACACGUCCACAUGCUCUCUGAGACCUUGGAUCCACCUGUCUGCCUCCCCGAUGCUGGCUUACAGAUGUUCACUGCCCUGUCCAGCGUUUACCUUGGGUAUCAGACCUCAGAGCUCCAUGCCUGAACAGCAAGUGCUUGGCCAGCCUGAACCCUAGAAGUUACUUUUUUUUUUGUUUUGUGUUUUUGUUUUUGUUUUGCUUUCAAGACAGCAUUUCUCCGUAGCCCAGGCCUUCCUGGAGACCCACCCGCCUCUGCCCAGUGCUAGGAUUACAGAUGUGUGCUACCAUGGCCUGGCCAGAGGUGACUUUUUAUAGAGCACAUUUCUUCUUAACUUUCCAGCUCCUGAAUUAUGGAUCACGGAGAGCCUCUUUUACUGUCCCCUCACACAUAAAAGAGUUGAUUCUUGUUUCAUACAGGACCUCUGUGGUAUCACCCUUUCUGUUUAAAUAUAUGAUCCAUUUGCUGUGUGUCCCAUACUCUGAAGAAGAUGCCCCGGCCCAUGGCCUAUGCCUCUAUUAUAAAAUUUUUUAAAUGGAAAGUAUACACUGUGCCCAUGUGAAACCAUAAACUAUGGGUUACUGUUGGGGAGCUGGGGGUGGGUUUAGGUCCUUUUGUAGCUUAAGGCCGUGCCAGGCUCUCUCCUUCAAGAGUAACAAUGUUAAGCCUUGAACAUGAAUGAGUAAACCCAGAGUCCGCCUGUGCGCUCAGACCUAAGGGGAUGAUGAAAUUUUGCCUUUUGGAACAAGUCCCAAGAUAUACCCGAAGACAGCGUCCCAUUUUCCUUGAAGUGUUUCAGUUUCAUUCUUUAUUACCGGGCCUGAGGCUGAAUAGAAACUUCUCUUGUUAAUGUGAGGAUGCUCAAAGUCAUAUCUGCAUUAUUUGGAAGUUGCCAGGAAUGGCUGCUCCUAUCUUUGACCAAUUAUCAAAGUUUUUGUGGCAAAUGCCAAGGUCCAGGGAUAGUACUAGCUCAGUUGGUAGAGCGCUUGCCUAUCAUGUGUGAAGCUCUGGCACUCCCUGUACUUCGUACAUCAGAUGAGGUAGUGAACACUGGUAAUCUCAGUCCUUGAGGGAGGAGCCCGAGUUCUCAGUCAUCCUCACUACGUAGCAGGUUCAAGGUCAGCUAGGGCUACGUGAGGCUACUGUCUCAAAAAACCAAAACCGCCACCACCAACAACAAAAAAGCCCUGCUCCCAGCGAGGCUCAGUCAGUCAGAGAUGUGUGAUGUGAAAAUCGGAGAAUGGAGAUUAUUCGGCGUGGCCGCACUGGAAAGGGGAACAGAUAAGGGUUACAUCCACGUAUUGCUCCCCUCCCCAGACCCCUUGGAGUCCGUCCUUGAGGUCCUGACUUUAGGACUUGGCUUAUCAGGGGGGGCAAAAGAUGUCCUGGGCCAUCCAGCCUUGGUCAGAGCGGUCCCUGCCCACCAGCUCAGCUUCACUCUUGCGGACAGACGGUCUGAUAUCUGAUUGUUGAUCUGUUCCUUGCUGUCAUUCCUGUGGUGGAUUCAUACCAACUGACUGAUUCAGGUGCAGCGUUGUCUUCUUUUGGGGAUGAGCUUUUCUGGAAUUGAAGGUGACUGAAGAGAAAAGGUUAAGACCUGUGACAAAUCUCUGUGCUCUCAGCAAACGUAAAGACGGGGGCAGAAUGGAAGCAGAGAAGCCAGGCUUUCCUGCCGUCUAGAGAUUGGACAUCUUGUUACUGUGUAGACCCAAGUGUGGAGUCAGCCACCCAUGAUCCUGCAUGCAGGGCCCCAAGAGCCUGACUCUUAGAGCCUUCCCGGGGAAUCUGAGCAUGCUCCCGUGUGAGUCCUGUGACGUGCUUAGAAGUCGUAUUCAAUUUUGUAAUAGCAGAUCACGGUCUUGGCGGUGCUGCCAUCUGAGUGGGUGAGAUUGGCCCUUCUUGGCAUGUAGCAGUGUAAGGACUUAGGACAUGGUGAUAUCUGUUAUUUGACUCUGGUGUGCUUAGGAGUGGGAAAUUUCUUAAGGAAUUUUCCGGAGCUCACAGAGUCACUUUGGACUUCGUUGCAUCCAAAAUCCUGCCGCCGACUGGGCCAGUGCUUCCCAAUGUCAUAUAAUUAAAAACCAGAAGAACGGGUUUCCAGAAUAUGCUAGGAAGUUUUGUGGCCCUGGAAACUUGUUUACCCCCCAACAAAAGCAGCAUUGUUCUUCCUCGUCCCUCUCCCCUCUGCCUUCAAAGAUAAUCUGACACCAGAAUGGAAUACAUAUUUAUUUACCUGCGGUGGCCUUGGGCCAGAGAAAGCAGGGCUCGCCCACACAGCAGUAACUUCCAAACCUCACUGUGCCCAUCUGAAACUCAGGGCAGCUUUACAGGACAGAAUCCCCUAGAUCCCUUUGCAAAAUCUAGCAUUACCCCACCCACGUCUGUGUAAACAAGUCCAUGCCUCAAGAGUGAGACCUGGGAGUGGGUUUUCCUCAAGUUCCCCCAGACAUUUUCAUCGUGUACGCAAGUCUGAGAACUGAGCCUUUAAAGCCAUGGAGUUUCUUAUCACAGGGACCACACAGGAGAAAGAAGCAUGAGCCAGUGGGAAAGGCCCUUGCUACCAAGGUUGAAGAACUGAGUUUGACCCUCAGGACCAACAUGGCAGAAGGAGGGAAUUGACUCCUAGGUUGUCCUCUAGCCUCCAUGUGGACACCAUAGCAUAUGCAUGCAAGUGCGCACACACACAAUAGACAAACAAAUACAGAAAUGUAGUACAAAGGAAGAGCUCCUUAGGGUAAGUAUAGUUAGAACAAGAAAUGGGUCAUUUAUGUAGCAACUCACAUGGAUGGCUUUCCCAUCUGAGAAGAACUCGGGCUGCAGUGUGUCUGUUUCUUUCUGGAUUUCUCCGUAAUGGUCUUACUUGUUGAUUUUGCUGGCUACAAGCACAGGUAAUAAAAUGCCAGUGGCCACCCGUGCCAGGGAGGUCAGGGCUGGACUUUCCUAUUUGGCUCCGUUUUGAUGGCAUUAGCAGAUUAAUUUGAACCCCUUCUGGAGCCUUUGACCUCUUGCAGGGUUGUGCUGUCUUUGAGAGCAACAGUCCUUUCUAGAUCAUAGCAACAGUUGAGAAUCCUUCUUAGGAAAUCCGUGGCUCUUCUGCGAAAAUUUCCCGGUAGAGUCUUCCAAAGUCUUCCACAAGGAGGGGAGGAGGCAGAUUAAGAAAACAACUACUCAUCGUAGUUCUGAAGGUGUCCCAGGGCUCGGGUGCUCCAGUGGCAUUAAUGGGAAGGCUGUGUGGUCAUAAAAAGAAUGUAAUCCCAGCACUGUCGAGAUGGAGCAGGGGAACCUAGCAACUCCCUACACAGCCAAGCCAGUCUAAGGAAUGUGCAGCCACCAGGUACAGUGAGGCACAACCCUUUAUCAAACAGUGAGGUGGAAAAGCAGUUGACAAGAAAACUGAUGUCCACCUCUGGCUCCCACUCCGUGUGCACACACACACACUAUGUACUCACAAAAGACACCAAGCUUGUGAACCUCACUAGUGUGAGGCUUCAGACACUGAAGGCAUUCCUAGGACAUCUCCUCUUCACUUUCUACAGCUCAGACCCACUGGAUCCACAGCUCAGCUAAGGUCUCUUGCCUGCUGCCCAGGCAGGGUUAAAUAAUAAUAAGUUCUAUUUUGCUGACUUGCAAAAUCAGCUGUCUGCUAGUGCAGCAGAAGUCAUGUCUUUUUUUAACAUAGAUAUUCGUGUUUUUUUUUUUUUAUUUGCCUCUGUGAACGGCUGCGGGCAGUGGUUUAAAGAACCUGCUCUAAAUUGUGGUGUGAGUCAAGUAAUCCUUGCUUUGACUCCUUGUUGUGUAUGGAAUGUCAGCCUCCAUGCACAAGAGUAAACAAUGAAAAGUGUGAAUAGAAGCACUUUGGAAGGGGGAGGUUAGUGUUAGUCCACUAAUAGGAAAAACAGACCAUAGUCACUACAGGACCAACCCAUGUGUCUAAAACUAUUGGGCUUUGGGGAAUUGUGUGCUUUGGAUAGAUAAAUAAUAUGAACAGAUCCAUAAGCUUUGGCUACUUUGUAGAAAUCCUGAGAUUCUUGUCUACCCUAUGUGUGUUGCUUUUUAAUUAGAUGGUUACUUUGCAUUAAUAAUGAUAACGUUGAAAAAAGCCAGCUCUGCUGACAGGAAUCUCCACGUGUGUCUCUGGGGUUCUGGGGAGUUCACUUGGGGUCAGUCAUCGAGGAAAGCAUGCUUCUGAGACCUGUGAAUUAACUUGGUCACAGGUGAGCUUUCCCAGCUAUGCAGCGGGGGAGGGGAAGUCGUGGGAGGAUGUGACGCACAUAGCCCUCCAAGGUGAGUAGUUUCUCCCUGUUCUCUUGAGUUAAUCUAGAAAUAAUGUAGUCUAGAGAGACCCUGUUCCCAGCCUUGUCAUGUUCAAACAGCAUGGAACUCCCUAAACCUUUUCCACAUUGAUCAUAAAGAAUGUGUUUUAAGCAAUUCCCUGGUAUACAUGUAAUUUUUCAAGUAGUAAAGAUGAAAGCAAACUUGCACACUAAUGAGAUGGAUAUGUCUGCCUGAUACUGUACAAUUCAAAGAUACACUAAUUUGGUAUUUACGUGGAUGCUCUCAUAAUACUUAGGGAUGAUAGCAGGGAAAGAAUAAAAGUAUUUGUUUUCCAUAAUUAAACUACUGCGUUUCUGUAGGCACACAAGCUUUGUGCAUACAGUAAAAUUGUUACAUUUUUAUGACACAGAUAAUCUUAAAUCUGAGCCAACAUGUUGCAGGCAAGGUGCACUUGUGUUCCAUGGUGUGACGACAUGCACAGUACAGAGUGUGUGCUGUAUGUUCAAGGCUGGGGCCAGGAAGAUGGCUUAGCUGGUAAAGGUGCCCGACCUUAUGCCCAACGGCCUGAUUUCAUUCUCCAGAAUUCACGUGGUGGGAAGAGAAUGGACUCAAACCUCUGACGUUCACAAAUACACACACAAUAAAUUAAAAAAAAAAAACACCAAGGCUUUUGAGCACUGUCAAAAAUGCCUCAGUUCACUUCAUCUUUGAAUUUUAAUUUUGUUUUGCUCAAGAGUCCCUUAAUAGUGCCAGAUUUUCAUCAUCCCCCUCAUUAGUUACGUGACCCCAUAGAGGGUCAUGAAGGAGCUACUAAGAUGGGUGGGUAGCCAAAGGCACCCGCUCCCAGGCUGACACUUGGCCUGAUCCCCUAGGACACACAAGCUAGAAGGAGAGAACUGACUGCUGCAAAGGGGUGUGUGUGUGUGUGUGUGUGUGUGUGUGUGUGUGUGUGUGUGUGUGUGUGUAUACAUGUACACAACAUGCAAAUUUAAUAUAUAAGUGUAAAAAUAGCAGCUUUGAACUGUUUUCUUAGCUCUCUGCUUGGUCUCCUUUCCCAUAAAUACCUAUGAAAUGGUAUCUAAUGCUUAGAAUUAUUACAAGGUACAUAAGCUAGAAGUAGUUAGAAGGUAAAUGGCUUGGAAAAUAGAAUUUUCAAAGGAGACAGACUCUCAGAUUGGUCACUUAGCUGUACUUGCCACUGUGGCUCCUAGAUGCCUUACUUUAUGCUCAGUGUGAGCUAACUCCGGGUUCACGUAAAUAGCUGGUUGCCCUGUGAUGAUGGAGCUAGAGAGUAAGGCGAGGACUCUUGAUAACAGUGGGCUGCUGUUGAUUUUAUCUUAGUAAAAGUUAUCCGUGUUGCCCUUUUCUUGUACAAUGCACUAACAUUUGUUCCAAGCUCGUUUUAAUGAAGAACACGUUUAUUUCUCCGUGUUUAGUGACUUCAGAAUCAUCAGGCUUGUAUAUUUCCAGAGCUGCAGCUCUCCUCUUUUCCAGCCCACAUUUCUUACCACCUUUCUUCCUAGUGUUUUCCCAAUCCUUUUAUGUGCAUCUGAAAAAUGAACAUGAUUUCAUAUGUAUUCAUUAGGAGUCCCUGCCAGAGGCCUUUCUGUUUGAUUUUUUUUUCCCCUCUGAACCUCAAAGGUAAUGACUCCUUAUAGAGUAGAAAAAAGCUAACCCGGGCCUUGUUCUGCACUUCCAUGGGUAAGUGAGAGAAUUUCCAACCACAGCCUCUCAAAACAUUUGCCCACAUUAGUUGUAAUGGGGAGUUAAAGCCUUGCUCGGGCGGGCGGAGUCCUCGUAAGCCAACUGCCGAGGGAGAGUGGCUGGAGCUGUGUUGUGCUGGGGGGAUCCAUCCAUGCUCCCCCAACCGAGGUGCCAUAUGAGUGACACUGAUACUCUCCAGCUAGGCUCCUCUGCAGGCUACUGUACUUCCCUCAGUGUGGAGAAUCUUCUGGUGGGGCUCUCUAGAUGCGCCUGGAUCCCUUGUCUUUGAUGUUGUUUACAGAUCUUAAGAGAUAGGCAAUGGGUGUCAAAGUGCCAGUUAACUUGUUUCCCACAGGUUCUGUUCCAUUCUUUACACACCGAGAUGGCUCAGAAGUGGAUUGUAUGUGGAUAGGAUGAUGUUCUGUAAUCCUGGUGCUUCCCUGGCGAUAACUGGGAAACCUGAGUCUACUAUUCUGAAGGACAUUUCAUCAUAAGCCCCUCUUCUGAGGCUUUGAAAAUGGUUUAACGACUUCAAAAGCCAUUCAGCCUGAGGUGGUACAUGCCUUUAAUCCCAGCACUUUGGAUACUGAGUCAGGUGGAUCUCUGUGAGUUUCAGGCCAGCCUGGUUUGUAUAGCAAGGUGCAGGCCAUAUAGGGUAUAUAAGAAAGACCUUGUCUCAAAAAAUUUAAAAGAAAAAUUAAAUUAAAUUUUAAGUGGCCUGAUCCUGUGUUUCCUUAUUGAGUGUGUUGGGCAGGGUUGGGGAGGGAGCGUAUGAAGUUGGGUCUCUGCAAGAUUUUCCAGUUACUUGGUCUUUAGUAAUAUAGUAAGAGGGCACUUCAGAGAAAUGAACAUCAAGUGGAAGGUAAUCACUGGGUUUAUCUGGUUUUUUUUUUUUAAUUAUUUUAAAAUUUUUGUUCCAUGUGUAUGAAUGGUGGGUGGAUGUGCGCACCUGUUUCUGGUGCCUGAGGAUGUCAGAAGAGGGUAUUGGAUCCCCUGGAACUGGAGCUAUAGAUGGUUGCGAAUUACCGUAAGGUUGCUGGUAAAACUGAACCUGGGUCCUCUAAAAGAGCAACAAGUACAAUAAACCUUCCUGAGGAGCCGUUUCUUCAGCCUGCAGGAUGUAUCUGAAGAGAUUAAUUGAUGAAGAAAUACAGCAUGGGAAAGUUUUUCUGUCACUGGGUGAAAAGACUGCUAUGAAUUUGUUGUUACCAACAUACUACGUGACUCUGUCUCUUGUAAACAAGGUAGAUGGCUCCUGCGGACUGACACUCAAAGUUGACCUCUGGCUUACAUCUGCACGCAUACACACACAUCUGGCUAUCAUGUUAGAAUUUUCUGUAUGUUAUCUAUUAUUUCACCUAUAAUACAUAUUUGCUAUAUUGUAAAUCGUUCUUUUUUAAAAUGUAUUUAUUUUUAAUUAUAUGUAAGCUUGUGUGCCUCUAUGUAAGUACGAACACAUAAGUGCAUUUGCCAGAGAAAGCCAGAGGUGUCAGACCACCAGAAGUAAGAGUUAGAAACUUUUGUGAGCUGCUUGGUGUGCAUGCUGGAAAUCAAACUUGGGUCUCCUGGAAGAACAACAAAUGCUCUUAACCCCUCAGCCAUCUCUCUAUCCCUGAUGAUUGUCUUUCAAGGAGAUUUAAAAUCAAGGGUGAGAAGUCAUGUGUGUACCCAUCUGGCCACACUGCUGAUGUUCUUCCUGUCUAUGCAGGUUUCCACUUGACAUCCUCUCCUCGGAGGGCUUUAAUAUUUCUGCUCUGGGUCCACUGCUGAAGAAUCCUUUCUGCAGAGGAUCAACCAGGCACUUGCUCAAACUCUACACUAAGCUGUAUCCCCAGCCUUCUUUUAGCUUUUAGGUCUCAGAAAGUCUUUUCUCUCGGAACUGUGGAGGGUAUUUUUGCUAGGUAUGAAAGUCAAGCUUUCAAUACUUUAAAAGCUGUUGUUCUUUUUUCUGGGUGCAUUGUUAUAAACUGUUCUAUCAUUUUUUGUUCUUUUUCUCUUUAGAGAAUUGUAUUUUCUCUUUAUCACCAGUUUUAAGCAAUGUAGUUGUACUGUGUCUCUUUUUUUUUAAUUUUAUUUAUUUAUUGUCUGUGUAUGUGCAGUACAACAUGCACAUAGAUGUUAGAAGACAAAUUAAAAGACUUGCUUCUCUCCUUUCGUUACUGUAUAAGUGCUGGGGUCAAUUCAGUUCAUCAGGCUUGGCAGCAAGCAACUUUAUACACUGAGCAUCCAUGUCUCCAGCCCUUACUCUGUGUUUUGAUAGGGUUUUAGAUAGAUAGAUAGAUAGAUAGAUAGAUAGAUAGAUAGAUAGAUAGAUAGGUAGGUAGGUAGGUAGGUAGGUAGGUAGAUAGAUAGAUAGAUAGAUAGAUAGAUAGAUAGAUAGAUAGAUAGAUAGACAGACAGACUGACUGACUCUGUGUUUUGAUAGGGUUUUAGAUAGAUAGAUAGAUACAUAGAUAGAUACAUAGAUAGAUACAUAGAUAGACUCUGUUUUGAUAGGGUUUUAGAUAGAUAGAUAGAUAGAUAGAUAGAUAGAUAGAUAGAUAGAUAGAUAGAUAGAUAGAUGGAGUCUCUGAUAUCGCAGGCUGACCUGAUUCUCCUUUUUCUCGUCCCGUGUGCUGGGAUUCUAGGAGUACACCACCACUCCCAACUAGGCUCCUUUAGUAAUUUUUUUACUGGAAACUAGGCGUUGUUGGGUACAAGACAUUUUUGUAUUUUUGUAAAUACUCUUGAACUUCCAAGCUACAGCCACUAGUUUCAUCUGUGAGCUCUUGUGUCAUUCGGUGUGAGCAGAGCAAUAUUUUUUGUUGGGCUGCUUUUACCCCUGAGUGAGGUGACAAAUACUGACCUGAGUUCUCUACUUUGUACCCAUGAUUUAUGAGGCAUUUUUAGGCUGCCUCAUAGGAACACACACAGUUUUUGGCCCCUCAGGAGUUUCCAUCACGGUACAUGUCGUUUAUUUCUCUAAGACUUGGGCUGAUUUUCAUCCUCAAGUUCUCUUGUAUGUUCUUUGGGCCCAGCUCUGCUCCAUUGAAUCCACAGGCAGGACUUUCCCCGAAUCUCCAGUGGGGUUGGUCGCUCUCACUCACUUUUUCCUUCCCCCCACUACUGCCCCUUUCCUUCUGGUACUCUGUCCAGGUUCUGGCUGCUAUGACAUCCCUCACCCAUCCUUUAACUCCAUCCUCUCAGCUCAGGAACGUUACCAGAGCCACCUGGACCUCUCCUUCCUCUUCUGCAAUCUGGAGAUUCCCAGCCUCCAGAUGCAGAAGGCUUGCGUUUAUAUGGAAUGAAAGUAGAGUGAGCAGAGCUACCUGUCACUAGUCUAAGUGUUGGAUGUCUGUGGCACAGUGCAAAACCAGCAGAGCCUGCCUUUGCCUGCCUGCCUUGCUGUCGAAACAGUUUCACUGUCGGUUCUGAUCGUCCUCAAACUCAGCUCCUUUGCUGGUCCUUUACCCUCAGCUGCUCCCUGAAUUAUAUGUCAGCCCCCAAGGAAAAAACUGUUUAUGGGUUUUUCAACUGCCUAUAUAAACUGUGUCCUUAUCUAUGAAUGGCUGAAGACAUAAAAAGGCAUUCUUUCACUGUUUCCUACCUGUGGCAUUAUGUCCUGCAAUUCAGACUAGAUAGCUUAGCAUCACUUUUUAGUCCUCAGCUAAAAGACUAAAUAAGCAUGGCUGAGAUCUCCCCAUUACCCAAAAAGAUGAUUGGAUGAGCAAUACCGAGUCCAUUAAUAAAAACACAAAUGACUGCUGGGUGGGGUGGUACACACCCUUAAAUUCAGCACUCAAGAGGCAAAGGCAGGUAGAUCUCUGUGGGUUUGAAACCAGCCUGGUCUACAUAAUGAGUAGCAAGCCAGAGCUACAUAGUAAGGCCCAAUGUCAAAAACAAAACAAUAAAAGCUUCACACAGGGAAGUGGCCCAGUGGGCAAAGCACUUGUCCUACGGGUGUGGGAACCUGAGUUCAAAUUGCUAGAACCCUUGUAAUGUCAGUCAGACAUGGCCAUCCACUCUAUAAUCCCAGUAUUUAUAAAGCAAGAUGGGAGAAAGAGACAGACUCUCCAGGGGCUCACCGGCCAGCUAGCCUGGUGUGUGCAGUAGGAAAUAAGAGACCUAUUCAAAGUGAAGGGUAAGGACUAAUACCCAGGGUUGUCCCAUGACCUUCAUACAUGAUAUUCAUGGUAGUAUUCGUCCUAAAUGAACACAUACAUUGUACACACACUCAAAGAUUUUAAAAGAACAUAUUAAGUUACAAAAAGAAUUUAUCCCCGUAGUCCUAGAACUGGGUGUGGUCCAAAAUAUGGCCCCUUGCCUCUUUUAUAAAUAAAGUUUUAUGAGAACACAGCCCAGUCCAUUCUUUGAUAGCCUCUCUGGCUAUGCCAGAGCCUAACGAACGCACUCCUCCCUCUGCCCUUUGCAGAACAUGCUUGUGAACUCCUGUUUUAUUUCACUGUUCUUGAAGCAAGAAAUAAAAACCACAAGGCCAAAAGUUAAAGACUCAAGAAAAAGAAGAAUAGGGCUCCCAAUGGAGGAGCUAGAGAAAGUAGCCAAGGAGCUAAAGGGAUCUGCAACCCUAUAGGUGGAACAACAUUAUGAACUAACCAGUACCCCGGAGCUCUUGACUCUAGCUGCAUAUAUAUCAAAAGAUGGCCUAGUCGGCCAUCACUGGAAAGAGAGGCCCAUUGGACUUGCAAACUUUAUAUGCCCCAGUACAGGGGAACACCAGGGCCAAAAAGGGGGAGUGGGUGGGCAGGGGAGUGGGGGUGGGUGGAUAUGGGGGACUUUUGGUAUAGCAUUGGAAAUGUAAAUGAGUUAAAUACCUAAUAAAAAAUGGAAAAAAAAAAAGAAAAAGAAGAAUAAACUAAACUGUACUGGAGUAGAAAAUUCCAGAACACUUGCUGUGAGAAAUCUACACAGCAGGAUUCGCCUAAACCAUCACCACUCGCCACCAGAUAGAUUUUACAUAUUUUUUUGCCAAACUUAAAAAUAGAAAUUUGGGUGUCGGAAGAAUAUGUGUUGCCUUGUACGGACAGUAUUUAUACAGUUAAGGUUAGCAGUUGUUUUAAGGAAACAACACAUCACAAAUCAGAGGAGUGCAUUUAAAACCCUCUCUUACAUUACUUUGUGCAGUUCUCCCCUGUGUUCAGAAAGAGCUUAUCAUAUUUGGAUUUUGAGCAGAGUACCGACGCUUCUGUGUUAGUGUCCAGCAUUCCCAUCCUGACCACUCUGCCAGGUGGAUGCUGGACUCACAGACACGGGGUACUGAUAGCAGCAAAGUAGUUACAACUUGUUAUAAAUAUUGCCCAUCUGCCCUUGUUUUAUGUAGUUUACAUUAGGCUUAGUUGGUUUAUUCAUUGGGUCUUUCUCUUUACCUUCUGCUCCAGUUGGUAUAGAUACAGGAUUAGCCCGGUUUUGCCUUGGUUUUGUUGUCUUUAGUGUUUACUUAUUUAUUAGCAUGUGUGAGAGGUCAGAAGAUGGUGUUAGGUCCCCUGGAACUGGAGUCAUAGGCAGUUGUGACCUGCCAUGUUGGUACUGGGAACUGAACCCUGCUUCUCUUCGUAAGGACUCUUAACUACAGGGACAUUGCUCCUGGUUUUUGUUUUUUUGUGGGUUUUUUGUUGUUGUUGUUGUUUUUGUUUUUUGUUUUUUGUUAAAGACAAAUUCUUGCGUUCAAGGCUGGCCUUGAACUCAAGAUCCUCCUGCCUCAGGGCUGGGAUUAUGACCUCUUUCUUAGGGUUACUAUUGUUGUGGUGAAACAGCAUGACCAAAAGCAAGUUGGACAGGAAAGAGUUUAUUUUGCUUAAGAAGUUUCCAAGUCUCUGUUCAUCAAAGGAAGCGAGGGCAGGAAUCUGGAGGUGGGAACUUAUGCAGAGGCCAUGGAAGGAGGCUGCUCAUUGGAUUGUAUCUCAUGGCUUGCUCAUCCUUCUUAUAGAACCCAGGACCACCAGCCUAGGGAUGACCACACCCACCAUGGACCAGCACAGUCCUCUCCCCUCCCACACACCCACCUAAACCAGUAAUUAGGAGAAUGCCCUACAGACUUGCCUACCAGCAGAUCUUAUAGAGAUAUUUUCCCAAGUGAGGUUUUUCUCGGAUUACUUUAGCUUGUGUUGAGUUAACAUAAAAACUAGCCAGGACUUUAAAGUAAAGUAAAGACCAAAAUCCUGGACUGGGGAAAAGACUUGAAGAAGAUACUGAGCUUGCAAGAGGAAUUGUGUGAGCUCAUCUUCUAACAAGCCUGCCUGGAGUACUUACUGAUGACUCUGAAUUGUUUGUAUUGAGGUAAUUUUGAGCCUUUCUGAGGCCCCAGUUGACCUUGGACUCUCCUUGGGCACAGGGCUUGCCUUGAACUUGGGGCCAGUCCCCUGCCUCUGCCUCCUCUUCCCCUGUGUUGGGGUUAUGGGCUUGUGCCACCAUGCCCAACGAGACUUAAAUACAGAGGAUCACUGCUGCUUUGGGAAGACUGACCUUCAUACAGUCUGGGCUAUAUAUGGAGGUCUGACUCCCCAAAUAUGUAAGUAAUAAGAGACAGCUUUGAUGGGAAAGACAAUUCAACAGAUUUCUGCAAUGCCAGGAGUGGAUACCAUUGAGAACCAAGUAGAACUGAGGAAGGAACUGAAUACAGAGUCCCGGAAAGGCUCACAAGUAUCAGUAAUAACACCAAGAGUCAGUGGGGCUCCAGGGAAGACGGUAGGCUCGUAACACUUCAUUUUAUUUUAUUUUAUUUUAUUUUAGGUUUUAAUGUUACCAGAGCAGAUAAUUUAUUCACAAAACAAAAGCAAGAUAGAAAUAAGUUCAUGAAAUCUAAUAGUGGGGUUGGGAAAAUGGUUUAAUGGUUAAACGUGCUUGCUGAUCUUGUAGAGAACUGGGUGUGGUUCCCAGCACCCAUAUAGGGUAGCUCACAAUUCCUUGAAGCCACUGCACUUUGGGGGGAUCUCACCUUUUCUCGGGUUUGUUGACAGUGCACACACACACUGAAGUAUCCUAAAUGGAGCUAGGGAGAUGGCUCAGUGUUUAAGGACACAUGCCACCCACCCUGAUGACCGGAAUUUGAUGCCAGGAACCCCACAUGGUGGAAGGAGAAAACUGGCGCCUGCGGGCGCCAGUUUUCUUCUGAUGCCACAUGUGCGUCUAUGCAUAUCCACAAGCACACUUUUUUUUUUAAAAAAGCAAAAAUAAAAACCAAAAGUGUGGAGCUAGAAAGAUGGGUCAGCAGUUAAAGGCAUUUGUUGCUCUUGCAGAGGACCUGGGUUCCCAGAACCAACGUAACAGCUCAUAGCCAUUUGUAACUACAGUUCUAGGGGAUUCAGUUCGUCUUCUCCCCUCCAAGGACCAGCGUGUGGCGCGUGCACAUGCAGACAAAACACCUGUAUACCUAAAAAUACGCCUUUUUGUCUCUAAGGUUUAGAAUUAUUAAAUAAUAGCAAACCCUAAAAGAAUGAGACUCGGAUUAGCUGUCGGUCUCUUAACACUGAUAGUGGAUGUGGAAACAACAGUGAUAUUUAUUAUCAGUAAGUGGUUAGUUUGUAUACCAGGGUAAAAUACAUGGUUUUAUCGCUAUAAGAAACACAGUUUAAUAUUCCAUACACUGUUCGGAUGUGUUCCAGGAAAACAGUAGAUUAAUAAUCUACAAGGGUGCUGACUCGGUUGUAAGCAGAACUAGUUCUGGUUUAUUGAACCAGAAGAGGAACUUAUUGAAAGGAUAUUGGAUAACUCACAGGGUGAUUGGGAAGAUAAAACCAGUCUUAGGGAAGAAGUGGGGGCCAGGAAACCUGAACAACUACAACCCUAGCUAGCGAAGUCGAGAAACCCCAUAAGGGGCUCAGCAAUUUGAGUUCCUCUGAGGCUGCCUCCUGGGUCUCUAUAACGAUCGAUCCGAUCGUCAUGCUGCUGUGGUCAGGCUCCUGCUCUUGGUGGCACCACCAGGAUUAUGACCAGCAUCUGGUAUUUCCUAGGGUUCAAGUCCAAGCUGGGUCUGUGCCUCGCCACCACCUAGAUCAAGGGCUUAAAGUUUGCCAACUUGUAGCACUUUUUUGACCAAGAAAUGUUUAUAUGACCCCAGGUAAGUGAGUAUAUAUAAUAGGUAUACAAACUAACCACUUACUGAUAAUAAAUUAUUUAAGAAUUAUAUUUCAAGCCAUUUUGUGUAACCUGCAGUUUUACCACUUAUUAAGGACAAAGGCAAAUGUGCAUACUAAUAAAACAGAUGUGCUGCUUAUUUUAAAGUGAACAAUGAAAUCUUGACCUGGGAGAAUUCCACCUCAGCGGUAGAGCACAGGCCUGGCCUGCUCAGGUUCUGGGUUCAGUCCCCCGAUAUUCAGAUUUCAGGGCUAAGAAGCUUAAGGAGUUAAAUCUUGCAGAUCACCACAGAAACUAAGGCAUAUUCAACCUUUUUCACAGCAGACUGAUAUUUGUACUUUAUGAUCUUCAAUACUGAGAGCACCAGUCACAUUAAUGUAUAAGUAACCGGCAGAAAAUGAAUGGGGCUAUUUCAGAAAUGGUUGGAAAUUCUGUCUUGUUCUCAGGUUUUUAAUGAAAUUGAAGUCAACUCAAGCCAUAGUUUUUUUGUUUUUUGAAUUCUAAGUCUGCACUCCAGCAAUACACUAAUGUGAUUUUUCCUAUGCUGAGGAACAAUGGCAGGAAAAUACUAAAAAGUCUUUGUUUUCCAUAAUUAAGCCACAGUGUUUCUGUCAGCAGAAAGCUUUGUGUGUAUGGUGAAAACACAGUAGUUUGUGACCUACAUAAUCUCAGAUCUGUGCUGUUUCCUGGGGUGUGUUCAUUGGUGUUUUUCUGGAGCGACAGCAUGGGAAAUGCAAGCAGUGUCUUCUAUGUUCAGAACCAAGGCUGUGGGGAAGGUGUCUGAUACAAUAUGGGCAAAGCGAAGGCUGGAACUGGGCGAGAGUGGCCAUCAGUACCUCUCAGAUGGUCUAAAGACCCCCAAGGGCAAAGGAAGAGCUGCACUACGGAGUCCCGAUAGUCCAAAAACUCCAAAAUCUCCCUCAGAAAAAACGCGGUAUGAUACGUCCCUCGGUCUGCUCACCAAGAAGUUCAUUCAGCUCCUGAGCCAGUCUCCUGAUGGGGUCCUGGAUCUGAACAAGGCAGCAGAGGUGCUCAAGGUGCAGAAGAGGAGGAUUUACGACAUCACCAACGUGCUGGAAGGCAUCCACCUCAUUAAGAAGAAGUCUAAGAACAACGUCCAGUGGAUGGGCUGCAGUCUGUCUGAGGAUGGGGGCAUGCUGGCCCAGUGUCAAGGCCUGUCCAAAGAAGUGACUGAGCUCAGUCAGGAAGAGAAGAAAUUAGAUGAGCUGAUCCAAAGCUGUACCCUGGACCUCAAACUGUUAACCGAGGAUUCAGAGAAUCAAAGGUUAGCUUAUGUUACAUAUCAAGAUAUUCGAAAAAUUAGUGGCCUUAAAGACCAAACUGUUAUAGUUGUGAAAGCCCCUCCAGAAACGAGACUUGAAGUGCCUGACUCAAUAGAGAGCCUACAAAUCCAUUUGGCAAGUACCCAAGGGCCCAUUGAGGUUUACUUGUGUCCAGAAGAGACGGAAACACACAGACCCAUGAAAACAAAUAACCAAGACCACAAUGGGAAUAUCCCCAAGCCCACUUCCAAAGACUUGGCUUCUAACAACUCAGGACAUAGUGACUGCUCGGUUUCUACAGCAAACCUCUCUCCUCUGGCCUCCCCAGCCAACCUUUUACAGCAGACUGAGGACCAAAUCCCGUCCAACCUUGAAGGACCUUUUGUGAACUUACUGCCUCCCCUGCUCCAAGAGGACUACCUGCUGAGCCUGGGGGAGGAAGAGGGCAUCAGUGACCUCUUCGAUGCCUAUGAUUUGGAAAAGCUGCCUCUGGUGGAGGACUUCAUGUGUAGUUGAUUGGGCUUUGUACAAACUGUCCUUAUAAACCAAUAUUUUUUUAUCACGGAAUCAGAAACGUGUAUCGCAGUGUUGUCCCUUCCUACCUUCUUCCUCCAAGAGUAUCAUGAAGUAAACUUCAGAACAAAGCUGACAUUUUGAUGAAUUAAUUUUUUUUUUCUAAGCGCACAGUUGCAGGCUCCCUUGGGAAAGCCCUGCCUGGUCCCAGGCUCCCAAAUCUUCCUGAUGAGUCAGCAAGUGAGAAGAUGUGCAAUCAGGUGUCUCUCACCUGUCCUUCCCUCCCCUCCUUCCUCUCCUUUCCUUGCGGACUGGCUUGCUGUGCCUAACGGAUGGGCUGUUGACUGGGUCCGGCCGCCUGGCCCGUUGGAAACAGCGCCCUCCCUUAACAGCAGUUCAAGCCGUGCCUUCUCUUGCAGAAUGCAUGUCUUUGUGAGUCUGCUACCACGGAAUGGAAUUCUGCCACAAAUGCAAGCUUGAAGUCAUGCAAAGGAAUGACACGGAUUUCUCCAGCUCUUAGGAAUAUUUAAAUUACUCUCAUAAUUCAGUGUAAGCUAUGGGCCGCUAGUGUCCCACUAGGAGGCGGCAAGAGCCUCCACAGCCUUUUUGGAUGAAGAACUUGUUUGCAAGUACUCGUUGCAGAUACAGAGACUGGUAGAGUUCUGCUGCUCGAAGCUGUUGUGGAUUUCCCUGUCUCCAUACCCCACUUCCACUGCCCCCAUCCUGCGUAUUUGUGAGUUUUCCCGGUUGAUUACUUGUGACUUAGGAGUUCCUUGUGGGUUGUUUUAGAAGUUUUUAUUUUUCUAGCUGCCAUUGAAGCAUUCCUGUGGCGCCCAUCACUAUUUCAAUUGAAUUGUUUACCUUAAAGCGAGUUUUGCAAAUUCUUAUUCCUUUAGCAGAGGGAGAGCACCUCUACUGAUAAAAAGCAUCUAACCCCGUGUGACCUAAGGUCCACCAACCAGCCUCUGCGAGAAGCAUCCUCUGUCUUGCCUCCUUUCCCAGGAGGGGAGCUUGGAGCGAGAACAGCUCCGGGGCUUGCUGACUCGAGUGGUCCACAGUGAGGACCUCGGGCCAGAUACAGCUGUCCCGUGGAGCAGCAGGCAUGGAUCCCCUCCAUCCUUGGGCUUCCCGGGCCCCUGCGACCGGGGAAAGGGCUCUAAUGCCACACUCAGGGAGACCACUUCUCAGGAUGCGGUCAGGUGGAGAGGCCCUAGGGAGAAAGACAUCCCAUGGUGUGAGUGGCAUUCUAUCAGGGACACUUCCCUAAGUAGGAGCGAGGAGCUCCCACUGUGUCUGGGGGUUGGACUAGUUCUAGCCAGAACCCAUUCUCCGAAUCCACUGUGAGUGGGUGAGUUUGGACUAAGGGAGGUCAGGAGACGGGAAAUGCACUGAUAGAAUGCCAGGGCGACUCCCUUGUUACUCCUCAGGAAUGGUGUCCCAAACUGGAGGCUUUGUGUCAGCAAGGACCCUUCCAGUUAACUUCCAAGAAUAGCGUUCCCACUGGCAGGUGGCAAGGGCCAUCUUGUCCUGGUGUUGAAUAUGGCAUAGUACCUCAAAUCCAUUCCUUGGAUGCUAAGGGCUGCGGAAAUGAGUUAGUCACGAAAACUAACCUCCAGCUGAGCAGUUUGAAACACUACGUGCCUGGCCUUCCCGGGAGGCACGUAGUAGGCACUCAACUCAUACACGUUUGAUCGAGUUGAAAAUAUCCCUUGGGAAAACCUUUUACUGAAACCACAAGAACCCUGGCCAGUUUACUCUAGAUAGAUUUCCACAAUAUGCAAAGUGGUGGUGGUGGGGGGAGGGUGGAGACAGAAGACACCGGCACUUUAAACUCUGUGUGUGGGUAUGCGUGGUGUAUGUUUGGGAAGAAAAAACAAAGGUGCAGACUAUCUUCCUCUCUCUUCAGCCUCCAGCCCCGGCCUCCUCCCCUCACACACUCUGGACUUGGUACCGAAUAAUCCCGUGUGGUCCUAGCUGAAGCACUGGGGUGGAGGAGGGAGGGGGAGCUUCGUGUUAAGUGCCUACUGGAAAUGCACUGUGGGGUUUUUUCCUGUAUGGGAAACCGUUUAUGCCAAGCUUUCCCCCAAUGCCCUAUAUUUAUCUCAUCUGGUUAGCUGCCUCUGCUUCUGGCUUUGUGUAAUUCUCUUUGCCAGCUGCAUCGAGCUGGGUUUCUGUCCCCAAAGUCUAAUGACUAAACUCACCUGGCUCUAGGUUGUUGUGUGUUUGGUUGACUUUUCUUGUUGAAACUAUUCGUAUUGUGAUGCCGUAUUUAUUGUUUUAAGAAACGAAAAGGAAUACUAAUAAGUCUUCAAGCGUUCUCUCAAUGCAUAAUAAGACUUUCUCCAGUUAAGGGGCUUAACUGGCGUACACAGUGUGAGACAUCCAUGCUCUAUUCUGUUUGCAUUUUAGGCAUUUUCUUUGCUCGUAGUAUCUGGCACACAAAGUAGAUGAGUACUACAGUAUUUUUGUUACUUUAAGUCCUGAGAUGCAGGUUCCCUGGUACCAUUGAGUUGCUGCUACUAAAAGCUCACAUGCGGAAUGGCUGAAAGUUACACAUGUGCGAAUGAAGACGGCGUGAGCCUCAGAACUAAAACUGUAUAAAGGGCAACACAUGAGCUGUCAAACAGUGUUAGGCGUGUGUUUGUGUACAUAGCCGUUUUAUUUAAGUCGAUACAGUCCGCUCACAUUGCCAUUAUUUACCAGGUUUGUACAGAGAUAGCAAUUCAUUUGUAAACACUGCCAGAAUAUUUUCUAGCUGGUUUGUAAUUUUUUUAAGACCGUCGCCUUGGGUUUUUGUGUUUUGUUUCUGUUGUUUUCGCCUGUGACUCUCGUUUGCCUUUUUUUUUUUCUGUCGUACAUGUAGCUCUGUCUGUAAAUAGAAUCGCAGUAUUUAAAGCUUUAGCUUUCAGGAAAAACGAAGUAAGAAUCCAAGCGUGUGCAUGACAGGUUGUGUGUGUGAGAAGGGAUCUGAGGAAGAUGCCUUGCGGAGGAGGCUGGGUGACAGUUGGCAGGGUGUGGGAAUGUCUUUCCUACGGGGUGCAGGCUUUUGUAAAAAAGGAAGUGUUUCUCCCAACACUGGGAGUAGGCAAACUACUAAUCAGUUUAGCUUUGUGUUGUAUGCUAGUUUGAAAUAAAUAAAUAAAUAAAUAAAUAAUGUAAUAUAAUGUAAAAAUAGACAAACAAACAAACAAAAGCUUUUAUGAUGGAUUUUGUAAAUAGAUUUGUUACAGGGUGACCUGUUCCAGCUGUGAUCUUACCACUUCAAAUGGAUGUAAUUUGAAUAAAUUUUGUAUGGUAAAGGGUCAAUAAAAUGAUUUUUUUUAAGAGUUCA